AGCUGUAAACGUCAGCUGUCAAUUUGCCGCAGGAUUCAGGCAGGAGUUUUAUUAUCGUUGUAGUUUUUAUCCCAAUUCGAGAAUUUACAAGAAUGUUUUUUAGAAUAUUGUGUGUGUAUUUAUUCGUCACGACUCAAACCUUAUGUCGUGAUGAUACGGAGGUGAAAUCAGAAGAAGACGUUGGAGUUAAAUAUGCGAACCGGUGUGAGGUAUGCAAAAUUUUAGCUACCGAACUGCAAGGAAGGCUCGAAGAGACCGGAAAAGUACACGAUGUCAUUGAAAUUGGAUACUCCCUGGACGACGUGCAACCUAAGAAGAAGACUAAAUACCAGAAAUCGGAACUAAGACUGAUUGAAUCAUUGGAGGGAGUUUGUGACAAGAUUUUGGAAUACAACAUUCACAAAGAGCGUCAGGAUAGUACCAGAUUCGCUAAAGGUAUGAGUCAAACAUUCAAGACUUUACACGGGUUGGUUGACAAAGGAGUGAAAGUGGACCUAGGAAUUCCAUUUGAGUUGUGGGAUAAGCCGUCUGCUGAGAUUACACACAUGAAAACACAGUGUGAAAGUCUUUUGGAGGAGAAUGAAGGGGCCGUCGAAGAUUGGUAUUGGAAUCAUCAAGGAGAGGUUGAUCUGACCAAGCACUUGUGUACACGACAUGCCCUGCAGGGAACUGAUGACUCUUGCUUAAAUGAAAAGUUGACCACUGCUAAGGGGGAGAGAAGCAAGACGGAACUAUGAGAUUAAGCAUUCUUUUAGGAAAUAAAGUACAAGAACAAUUUAUAUUUAUUUAGCGGUCUGUGUUGAUGAACUAUGUGAUAACAUGGAGGCAUUUGUAUUGUCAAAUUAGGUUUUAGUAAGUUCUCUUAAUUAGAGGAUAAGUUAAAUAAGUGAAACAAUUUUUAGGUCACCUCAAACUGAAUGCCAUAGUUUUACUCAAUACUUGUAAUUGUUGCAUAUUAUUGUACUGUAUUGCAUUGUGUGGAGCUAUGCCAUUGGUUGAUAGGAAUCAACUUUAAAUGCUUUAGAACUUUUGAAUCAACCUUGCUUGUGUAACGUAGACUGUAUGACCACAAUUUUGUAAACCCAAGUUUCAAUCUUUACAUGUAAUAAUGAUAAUUUUGUACUGAUUUAUUUUUAAAAUAUAAUAAACGAAGCAGAUUCAAAAUAGAAUAUCAUGUUUUAAAAUUUUGAUCUGUAUUAGAAAACAUAAAUAAAAGUUUAAAAUAUUAGGAAACAA